AUGGAGACGCUGCGCCUUCCUUUCCCCUCCGGGGACACAGGAACAGACAAAGUCAUUGUAAAGAAGACGUUCUUGGAGGUGGUGGAGGACGUUACUCCGAGGGGUUUGCCGGCGACCUACAACUCAGAUUCGGUCAUCACGUCACGAUUUGGCCGACAGCUCAGUGGCAAAUCCGUGGUGGACGACGAGGCAGUGCAAGACGAUGUUGAUAUCUCACCGCAAGUCCAGUCAAAGGACCUGGAGACGGAAGAGUAUCCUGACUAUCCGAGAUCCAUCGACCUGAUAAGAUCCACAACUUCCAAGACGGAAGGGCCGAUCGACCAGGAGGAUGAGGGUGAAGAGGAACUUCCAGUGUUGCUUGGGGGCAAGUCCCACGCAUGUGAGAAGGACAAGAUCGAGGGCUCGGAGCCCUCCGGUCCCAGUGGACGAAGUCGGCUGCUGAUCUCUGCACUGCUGAACGAGGAUGAGACUCCCCCCAGAGUGGGCCGAGCUCCUCCGCCUAUGAUGCCUGUGCUGGGAGCUCCGGGCAUGUACAGGCCUUCCUUCGACCAGCUCUUGGCCCAGUACGUGGUGGGCAUGCCCACCUUGCCGGGCUUCGUUACCCCGCAGCCGUCAGACGGCGCGGGCGUUCCCUCUGCGCUCUCGCAGAGCUCUUCGCAGAGCUCCUCGCAGAGCUCGCACUCGCAGGGCCGGACCACGGUGAUGCUGCGCAAUCUUCCCAACAAUUACACGCGGGCUAUGGUCACCACCAUGAUGGACAAGGAGGGGUUCAAGGGCAAGUACGACUUUCUUUACCUCCCGAUCGAUUUCCGAUCCAAAGCAAACCUGGGGUAUGCCUUUGUGAACCUGGUAGACGAGAAGCAGGUGAAGGCAUUUUGGAAGGUUUUCGACGGUUACACACGAUGGGUUCUUCCAAGCGCGAAGGUGUGCAGCGUGAGCUGGAGCGGGCCCCAUCAAGGGCAGCAAGCGCACGUGGAUCGAUACAGGGACAGCCCCAUCAUGCACAGCAGUGUGAACGACGAGUUCAAGCCCGCGAUCUUUGCGCAAGGUACCGGGGAUCGCCUGGACUUCCCUGCGCCCUCGAAGAAGCUCCGCGCGCCCCGUCGGAGGCCCGGCCACGGAGGAAGUGAGAAGCCAGGCUGA